AUUGCUCUCCUCUCUCUCGUUCGCUCGCUCGUUCCUUCUCUUUCCUGCAACACCACUACAACCUGCUGAUUUAUCUUCUUGCUUUCUCUCCUCCCGCCACCAGCCGUUCUCUUCCACUGUCAUUAAUUUAAUUAUCGUUAUAUCACAUGUUCACCCUUCAGUUUUAAUCCUGGUCCAUUUGUCUUUUUCAACCGAAUAUUUCCUUUCGUCUGUUUCUAUCCCCAAUACUGUCAUUUCUGUCUUUGACAUUCUUUCAUGUCCACCACUUUCUCUCUCCAUUGAUGUGAGAAGACAUGAAGGUGAAGGAUUGUAGGGACACCCCGUCUCACACUAAGCUAUGGAAUGCUCCCUGCACCCACCAUCACUAGUCUCCAAUCUUUGGACUGAGCUCAAAACGUUUAGUUAGCUGCUGUGCUUCUCCCCUCAAACUCUUUAUAACCAGGGGACGAAGAAAAGGAGUGGACUUACCUCAACCGCUAUAAGCGCACAGAGCACUUCUAUUUUUUAAAGAAUCAAUAAGCUAUUUUUGUUUUUUUCUCCACUUGGAUUUUGCCCCCCGUGAAAACAUAUCAAGAUGGAUCUAGAGCCGUAUCUGUGGAUGGUGAUCCUUGGCUUCAUCAUUGCCUUUGUUCUAGCCUUUUCUGUGGGCGCCAAUGAUGUGGCCAAUUCUUUUGGCACAGCAGUGGGGUCUGGCGUGGUCACAUUGAAGCAGGCCUGCAUCCUGGCGUCUAUCUUUGAGACCCUUGGCUCAAUGCUGCUGGGGGCCAAAGUGGGCGAGACGAUUCGGAAGGGCAUCAUAGACGUCUCCCUUUACAACGAGACGGUGCCUACACUCAUGGCAGGGGAGGUCAGCGCCAUGGUCGGGUCGGCCGUCUGGCAGCUGAUCGCCUCCUUCCUCAAACUGCCCGUCUCUGGGACUCACUGCAUUGUUGGCGCCACCAUCGGCUUCUCCAUGGUCGCCAUCGGCACCAGGGGCGUCCAGUGGAUGCAACUUGUGAAGAUUGUGUCAUCGUGGUUCAUCUCCCCUCUGCUCUCUGGACUCAUGUCUGGACUCCUCUUCUUGCUCAUCCGACACUUCAUCCUCAAUAAGGACGACUCCGUCCCUAAUGGCCUGCGAGCGCUGCCUGUCUUCUAUGCGUCCACUAUUGGAAUCAACACUUUCUCCAUCUUGUACACUGGAGCCCCAGUGCUUGGGAUAGAGAUGCUCCCGGUGUGGUCGAUCUUUCUAAUUACUUUAGCCGGGUCGCUGAUCUGUGGAGCUGUGGUCUGGUUUUUGGUCUGUCCCUGGAUGAGGAGGAAAAUAGCGGGUGGCCUCAAGAAGGAGCAGGCUCUAGCACGGAUCUCUGAUGAGAGUCUGGACAAGAUCCCGGAAGAGGAGGAGGAGAGCCCCGUGUUUAGGGAGCUCCCAGGGGCCAAGGGCACAGACGAGGCCGUGCUGCCGCUCACUGGGGGGGGCAGUGACCGCGAGUCCAUCGGAGACCUCAACAACCUGGCUAAUGGAGGCAACAUCCUGCCAAACGGCAGGGCGUACGGCCGGACCAACUCAAUGACCAACGGCUGCCUCAAGUCCCCCAUCUCUAACGGCAGCUUCACCUUCGAUGGCCACAUGCGCAGCGAUGGCCAAGUUUACCACACAGUGCACAAGGACUCUGGUCUGUACAAAGACCUGCUCCACAAAAUCCACGUGGGCCGCAUGGACGAAAGCGACCGCUCUGGCUCCAACGCCGGCCCGGCAGACAACAACUACCGCCUGCUGCGGCGCAACAACAGCUACACCUGCUACACCGCGGCUAUCUGCGGCAUGCCCGUCCAGCCGCUCAUUCGCUCAGAGUCACGCGACGACAGCGAGAAGCUGGUGGGAGAAGGAGGCGGCAGGAGCAACAGCGUGUCCUACACCAAGAAGAGGAUACGCUACGAUAGCUACUCGUCCUACUGCAACGCUGUGGCCGAGGCUGAGAUUGAGGCCGAGGAGGGUGGGGUGGAGAUGAAGCUGGCCACAGAGCUGGAAGGAGUGGAUGAAGAUGGGGCUCCCGCUCCGGUGCCUCUGGAGGACUUGGCCGAGGAGGAGGAGAAGGACAGGCCUGAGGUGUACCUGCUUUUCCACUUCCUGCAGAUCCUCACCGCCUGCUUCGGCUCUUUUGCCCAUGGAGGCAACGAUGUCAGUAAUGCCAUCGGGCCCCUGGUGGCGCUGUGGAUGAUCUACGAUCAGGGGGGUGUGAUGCAGGAUGCUGCCACCCCCCUCUGGCUGCUGUUUUACGGCGGUAUAGGCAUCUGCGCCGGCCUGUGGGUGUGGGGCCGUCGCGUCAUCCAGACCAUGGGAAAAGACCUGACCCCCAUCACCCCGUCAAGUGGAUUCACUAUUGAACUGGCUUCUGCAGUCACAGUCGUGUUUGCUUCCAAUAUCGGAAUCCCUGUCAGUACCACGCACUGCAAGGUGGGCUCGGUCGUGGCCGUUGGUUGGAUCCGCUCCAAGAAGGCAGUGGACUGGCGCCUCUUCAGGAACAUCUUCCUGGCGUGGUUCGUCACGGUGCCCGUGGCCGGCCUGUUCAGCGCUGCCGUCAUGGCCCUGUUCGUCUACGGCAUUCUGCCCUACGUCUGAGGGCCAGGAGGGAGAACAUGGGAGGGGCAGAGAGUCAGAGGAAGAGAUAGAGGGAACCUUGGGUAAAAUCAGAGCCCGAGUGUCAGGGGUUCAGAUAAAGGAGAAGGAAAUAAGGAGAGGGAAGCUGCAGAGGUUUACACAUGGACGUGGUUGUACUGUGGAUGUGAGGAGGGUUGGUUCAUACGCUGCCGGGCUCCGGAGAUAUGUUUUUGACUCCUAUGGGUUUCUGAUUGUUUUUUAUUUAUUCUCUUCUUUUGGGUGCAUAAGAAAAAAGUGUAUUACAAACAUGUUCACUGUACCAUUCAAUCUGCUGUACAUAUGCCAUAACAGAGAAAUAUCCAGUAACUCUUAAAAAAACAAAAAAAUCAUGAGUUUAAAAAAAUAAGACGGCACAAACCUUUCAAAUAAUAAUAAAAAAAGGUUAAAUCUGCCGACUUUAAACAACAUCAUGCUGCGUGCUAUCCCAGGAAGCAAAGUCUUGCAGGUGCUCAUUAUUUUUGACCCAAAAUGCCAGAAAAAACCCUGUACAUAUUGUUGUAUUGGAGUGUGAUUUGGUGUACUUUGGCUUGCUUUAAAGUUGAAAAAGAAACCGACAAAAAGAAACAGAUGUGCGUGUGGAAAACCAACCCCUCCAUUGUCUCACCUUUAAUAUGCUAGCCAGGUACAACUAGCCAAACGGAUAGGACGCCUCAGGGGGGGCGGGACUGUCACCCUGCUUUAUUUUCCACAUGAUACCACAGAAACCUGAUUCGCUAAAGAGUUGAUUUUUGUCAAGAGCUCCUGUAUGUUUUUAGAGAUGGAUCUCAUAUUUUUUAAUGAUGUAAUAUACUGUAAUUUGUACUGUAAAUAAUAUCCUUAAAGAGUUCGGGGGCGGGAUGGGGAUCAUAUGGUGUGUUUUUAAAGAUAGGGGGGGGCUCUUUACCUCUUCAUGAUGUCGUGUCCCAGAGUACACACACACGCACUCAGUGAACACACACACUUGACAAGCUGCUGUUUUUCCAUAGGUUUGCAGAAGUAUAUUGAUUGGAAAACAGUAUUACAAAUUGGAAGUCAUUAAGCCAGAACUGGAAAUAUUGAAUCCUUCUGAUUUUAUCAUGUAAGUUAAUGUGACAGUAUUGGCAGAAAGAUCUUUAGCUAAAGGUUUGAGAAAAGGUUUAGAUGGUUAUAUCAGUGACAUUUAAAGGUAUAGGUGCCGCAGAAGCCAAAACACUAAAACUGAACCAGGACAAAAACACUAAAAUGGUCCCACAAAAUGUUCACAUACUGUAUCUUCAUCCGUUUGCCUUUGUUUUCAUAACAAAAUGCACCUACUGGAGUCAGGGUUUUACAUUGAAGGCUCCCUGCCAAUGAUGGACCUCGAGACAUGUUUCUGAUCCUGCAUCGCCGCUCAGAUUACAUUUCUUAGUCCGGGACGUGUCUCUGCAGCCCUGACCCUCGGCCUCAUGCUCCUGGGCAGCUUCGGCACGUCAGACGGCGAUUAUGUGUCAUAUCACUUUGUAUUAUAACUCCAACCAGUUAUGCAGAAGUGGGAAGAAAGGGGAUUUAACCCCCAGCCACACGUGUAGCUCCUCAAAAUGGGCUGGUUGUUGUUUUGAAGUGUAUAAGCAUUUAGUCUAUUGAUCACCUGUGUUUCAAUCGAAGUGCUAAAGGCAAGCUAGAUAUCAUAGGCUCCAGUUUUGGGCUCAAUCGAAGCCAGAAAACUAUCACGAGACUUCUGUCUUAGGAUCAUUAUGGUAUGGUAUCGGGGGGGGGGGGGGGGAUAGUACUGAUCAUCACCAGCUUUUUAACCAGGUCACCUGACCUGUAGAUGAACAAAGUUUAAAGCUUUUUUUUUAUUUGAACAAACUCGAUGCCAGGUGUUGCAAGUUCUUUUUUUUGUUCUUGUGUGUUUCCUAAUUUCAUUUUUUUUUUCUCAUGAACAAAUCUAUGCUUAAGUAGCCACUUGCCUUGUAACAUUGUGUUUUACUUUUUGAGCAGAUACAGUGAAAUAAUUAAGUACUGUGGUGUUUACAUCGUAACCAUAUUGUAGACUAUCUGAAAAAAUAAACUGUUGCCUAAUGAUGCCAAUGAAAGACAAACUAUUAACCAUGACUUUUUAAGUGCAAGUAAAACAAAUAAAAUAACCUGAAGUGUCUAGAGAGAGAAAGAGAGAGAGCAAGUGUGCGCGUGAUGACUGUUUUUAUGUUGUUGUUGUUGUAGCAGUAGUGCUAAUCAUGACCCCGUCACUUUACACUGCUAAUACAAAGCAUUGACACUGCAUGUAUGGGUGCAAUUCAGUAAUGAAGAGAAUGACUAGAGACAUUUCAUCAACUAUAUAUUUUUCUACCAUAUCUGAGUUUUAACCUGGGUGAGCUUCCUGACACUGGAGGGCACACAGUGGGCUGAGGGGGAAGCGAGGACUAUUUGUUCAGAGAUCUCUGAGAAAAGAUCUUCUAACAAAUCAGUAUCCCUCCUCGCUGGUGCCAUGUGCCGCACCUCCUCUACGCUCGUGUGUUCUUUGUAACUUUGGCGUUGUGUCGGUUGCCAAUAGAUCAGAUUUUUAAAUUACAUUUAUAUUUUUGAAUUUUAGAUGAAAAAUCUUUGUAAUUUUGUUUCCCUGCUGCUUAUAAUCAUGAGAGCAGCUUGAAGUCUUGCUAAAUCAGGACGACUGCUCUCCGUAGGUAAACUAAAAGUGAAUAUCUCUAGGCAACAGAAUAAAUCUUGUAAGCCUACUCUGUAACUGAUAACUGGACUAUGAGGACAUUUGUUUCCUUGUUUUGGCAGGUAACCACUCUUGAAGCUCAUACCCUUUCACUCUUCCACAGGGUGUGUGUUACACAGGGGGCUGCACGGAGAUGGUGUGUGUGCAAACUCUAUGUGCUCUGGUACAGUAGAGCUGGAGAAAGAACAUCUAUAACCAAGAUCAGAGUUUACAACCAUUUAUUCAAAGUGGCCAAAGUAACUGGAAUAUUUAAUAUAUUGUGCACAUGUUAUCAUCUUAUAGAGAGCAACAGCUAAAAAACACUUGUUUUUUGCUUAUUCUAAAAUAAAUAGGCAUGUAACACGACUUUAUAACUUUUGAACUCCUUAUCAUUUAUCCAAGAAAAACAUGAUUCGUUAUCAAGUGCACAGUUAAAGACAUGCGUUAAAGGCUAACAAAAUAUCCAUUCAUGUUUUGUUUAUAUGUUGAGCACAUUUGAUAUGAUGGAUAUAGUGUGGUCGUAGCUGGUAGAUGUGUGUUCUCUCGUGUUCAGUUGGUACAAUAAAGGAGACUGAAUCCACUUUCCUCAGGUUGGAUUAUGAGGUUUACUGGGCUGAGGUCGGCCAGGGUUCAGAUAUCUGGUUUGUGCUGCAUCACUGCGGCCCCUUGUGUAACCUGCACUGUCAUUUUCUGUUUUGUUUUCCAUGCAUUCUCAGUCCUGAUAGGCCAAAAGGGAUGCACUGCUCAAAAGAGGAGUGAAAAGAAAACCUAAUAUUAAUGGCUCAAACUCUAAAGUUUAGGAACCAUUGCUCUAUCAAUAUUAAAGCCCUAGACAAUUUGGUUUCAAAUAUUGUGUAUUUCUUUAAAACAUUAAAUACAAAUUGUAGGUAUGAAAAGUUUAGCUAAUAGUAUUUGAUUGGCAAACAUCUAACGACUUUUAUCACAUGUUGAUUCAAUGUCUCUGAUUGGUGCAUAAACCAUGUGACACCUCUAAUUUCCAAAAGAGCUUCGCCUAUUUAAAACCAUUGAGAAGAGCAAAAAAAAGUGCAGAAAUCGCUCCCGUAAAGAUAAUCAAAACUGUGCUUUCACUAAAUAAAUGUAGUUUCCAUAUUGGAAACAAUCAGCCUUAAAAAAAAAAGCUGAUUGAGAAAACAAGUUGUCAGGGCCCUUUAAAGAGUAAGUUGUAGAUAAAAUAAUUCCAAUAAUUGUGCAGGUCCCACAGAGAGGGACAGCAGUAUCAAUGGACGCUGCAGUGUAAUGCCAUUGAGGGAGUCACUGUGCUUCUAUUGCAUUAAACCUAUUGUGUGACCUUCGCAGAGAAACAGCAGGCGCCAUUUCUUUCUCCCGUGCCGCACAUGCAGUUUGUUGUGAAGCUGUAGCUCCACCUGCUGAAAUAGCGCCCCCUCCAGGCUGUGUACUGACACAGUUGGAGGGGUCCUCAUCUGGAUGUGGCGUGCUGUCUCUAGUUUUCUGCUGUUUUGUAAUAGGAUGUGCUCCUUGGCUGGCUUAGCUCUGUGUUGUCUGUUUACUGCUAUUUAACUGUCCAGUCCUUCAAAAGUAAAAAAACGGAAAAAACAACAGUAAUAAAUACAAAAAUCAAGAGAAACUGUAGCCUGCUUCUAGAACAUCUUAAAGCUUUUCUGAUUUGCAUAUCGUACUGUAAUGUUUUAUUUAAGAUUUUAGUGGAGAAAAAAAUGUCUGCAUUUAAACUAAAUUGUGGGAAUUAAAAUUACAAAGGAAAUUGAA